UGCUACUACACCGGACCGGAGCGUGAUCUUUACCCAGGUCCAGUUUUGAUGGACUGCUACACGGCUCUGGAAUCACCCGAAAAGCAGACAUGCGACAGCCUGAAGAUGGCGACCAUGUUAUCGUGGGCCUUUGAACAUGCAGGAACGUCCACUAUUAUUGUGGAUGACGUCAUGGAUGAAAGUGUUGAGCGAUGGAAGAAACCAACUUGGCACACGCUUCCUCAGGUUGGUAUGCGAGUCGCUUUGGACGUAAAUCUGAUCAGGAUGGGCGCUUUUGCAAUUCUUAGAAGAUAUUUGAACAACCAUCCAAAUUACAAACACUUCCAUAACCUGUUAGCUGAAAUUAUACAUCAAACCAGCCUUGGGCAGGCACUAGAUGUUGCCACCUCGGGCCUUUUCAGAAAAACUAGAGACAUUAGUUUACUCUCAUUCGAUGGAUUCUAUGCCAUAACUAAGUACAAGGCAGACUUCAUUAUAUAUACCGCACCUAUACUAUCAGCAAUCUAUCUUGCAGAGCUGGAUCCGAAUCUGUAUUUUGACUCAGUUCGCCUCUUUCGGAGUUUUUCGAUAUACCGCCAAGCUCAGAACGACAUGUGGGACGCCUUCGGUCACUACGCCAAUUAUGGAAAGGUUAGCUCCGAUAUUGCAAAUGGCCAGUGUACCUGGAUUACGUCAAUGGUUUUGAUCCACGGUAGCGAGAAGCAAAAGGAGCUUCUCCAGGAAAACUACGGAAGAGCGGAGAUUAGUUGCCGAAACGUUUGCUACCGAAUUUUUGAGGAACUGGACGUUUUGGGUAAAUACGUGGAGUUGAAAGAAGAUUUAGUUAGGUCCUGUGCUGAACGUAUCAGUGAGGUCUCACAUCCCGGAUUCGCCAGGAUGAUUAACACUCUACUGGAGCACUAUGUCGUACAGGAAGACUUCCUUUUGUAGGUGCAUUUUU